AGUAUAUGUUCCGCCACUACUUCAGACGAGCUCUUGUGGGAUAUUAUAAGACACCGAAGCCACACAUAAGCUUUACAAGUAAGAGACCAGAACAGUUAUUAUGUCACUGGCCUACAUCAAUGAGUUACAAUGAUUGAGGCAAUUCUUUCAUAUUUUGAGAUUUCUGCCAUUCUGGCUGCUGUUCUGUUACUUUUGGUGACUUUCUACAUCAGGUCACGUCAACCUAAAAAUUUACCACCAUCACCUGGUGCAGCUCUUCCUCUUAUUGGACACUUGCAUCUGCUGGGGAAAAAUCCUCGGAGAAAGUUCAAGCAAUGGGCACAAGAAUAUGGAGAUGUCUUUACACUUCAAAUGGGUCCACAGAGAACUAUUUUUGUGAACACACUGGAAGCUAUGAAAGAAGCUUUCAUCAAGAAAGCCGACUUUUUCUCAGACAGAUCCCAGAAUAGUAUUGUUUCACACCAUGCCUCUAAUGUUUUCAAUGGCAUCAUUUCCAGUUCUGGGUCCAACUGGAAAGCCCAGAGAACCACGUCCCUAGCCAUUCUCAGAAACUUCGGUAUGGGCAAAAAUAUGUUGGCUGAAAAAAUCUUAGAAGAAGUUUCUUUCUACACCAAAGAGCUGACCAAGACAAAAGGAAAACCAUGUGAUAUUCAUAACCUGACCAAUAUGAGUAUAUCUAAUGUGAUAAGCUCCAUCAUAUUUGGGAAACGUUUUGAGUUCAAUGAUCCAAAAUUUAUAAAGCAAAUAGAAAUGUUCAAUGACCUGGUGAAGUUAAGCACGGGAGUUUUAGUCUUUUUCCCUAGUUUAUAUUAUCUACCUUUCGAUUUGUUUAAGGGCAAAAAGCUGGUACAGUUAUAUUUUGCAAUGCGCGACUUUACAGAUGAGAUGAUUAAUGAAGUAAAAAAUCGAAAUGAUUCUGGAAAUCUAGACAAUUACAUUGUCGCUUACAUUGAGGAAAUGGAGAAAGAAAAACAAUCUGGACAGCACUAUUUGGACGAAUUAAAUUUGGCUCGCAACAUUGACAAUUUAUUUGUAGCUGGCACAGAAACUACAAGCACAACAAUAAUGUGGUGCCUGUUAUAUAUGUUGCACUAUCCUGAAGUUCAACAGAAAGUUUAUAAAGAAAUAGUUGAACAGAUUGGAACAGAACGUCCACCGAACAUAACAGACAAAAGCAACUUGAAAUACUUGACAGCUGUGAUCAUGGAAGUUCAAAGAAAGGCCAGCAUUGUGCCUUUAAGUGUUCCACAUCUUUGUAACAAAGACACAACACUUGCUGGUUACAACAUUCCAAAAGGCACCAUCGUAAUGCCCAAUCUAGACGCCAUUCAUUCAAGUAAAGAAAUCUGGGGAGAUCCUGAAAAUUUUCGUCCUGAAAGAUUUCUGGAUGACAAAGGAAACAUAAUCAAGAGGGAAGAACUCAUGCCUUUCUCUAUUGGCAGACGUAUUUGUCUGGGAGAAUCAUUGGCUAAAAUGGAGUUGUUCUUAUAUCUGUCCACUUUAUUUCAGAAGUUUGAAUUUCUUCCAGCAUCUCCGGAUAACGUUCCACCACUACAAGAUACUUGGGGCUUAGUUGCCGCCCCUGAACAUUUUGAAAUAAGAUGUGUAGAAAGAGAAAAUUAAACUAGAAAUGUUAUUAAAACUUUCAAACCUUCAAUAGAUAAGAAAAGGAUUUCCUCCAUGCUUAGUUUAUGUACACUGGGAAACGUUCCCUCUAUUUGAAAAUGUGCACUAUACGUAAAAUGCGUUUUGACUUUUCUUUAUACUCUGAUAAACAUGUGUAUACUUCCCAUUCCACGAACUUAUCAUCAUGGACAAAUAUUACAAUAAAAAUAAAACAAUGGUAAAUAAAAGUUUUGUUGUUCUAGUCUUUUGUUAAUCUCAAAGGUAUUUUCAUUCCACGGUUGUCAAUAACAGCAGAAAAGUUGCUUUCAAC